AUGGCGAGCACUAGCAGCGAAUGGCGCCACGCGUUGUCCUAUGCGACGACGUUGCAUGUCACACUCCUCACAAGCCACUACGCUGUGCAACGGCGUGAGGCGCCACCCAGCAGCAAAAUGAGCAGCGGCAUGAGUCAAAAAACUGCAGGGAGUGAAGACGUCGAAGUCUACAGUUGCAGCACAGCGGCGGAGCAGCUGGACACGGUAGCCCGCGUGUUGUGCGCCGUUCUCCAGCAGGGGUGCUCUGCCGGAGACAGCGGGGCAGUCGACACGGUACGACGCAUUCAAAUGGCAAAGGCUAUUCGAGACGAUUUUGUGCCGUGGACCGACGUCGCUGCCGCAGCUGCCGCCGCCCAAGGGGAUGAUCCACACGCCCUCUGUUUGCCCCCUCGCCCUCCGGGAAGGGCCGACGACGGCCACCCGAACCUGACUCCAGCAUCAGCUGCCGCUACGCCACCCUCGUCUGCCGCUGGAGUGAAGAAGGGUGAGGCUCAACACACCGCCACCAGCAAGGACUGCGGAAGCACACUACAGCAAAGACGCCCGGGGUCAGUGAAAGCCUCGUCCUCACGCAGCUCCAUGCACUCCUCCUCGACGCUAUCAGGGGUGCAGCGCCGCAUGAGUAAAGUGGACCAGGACCAGCGUCAGUUAUAUCUAGCCAAAGAACUGCCACCGUGCGAGCUGGUCGUAAUACCAGGCGCAACUCUAGCGUCUGCUCCGUCGUGCGUCAUUUUUGUCUACCGCCUGGCUCAUGAAGAGGAUGUGCUCGCCGCGCUUUCAGCGCUCUCUGUGGAAAAGCAGAGCAGCAGCGCAGAAGAGGAUGCGCCGGCAACGGACAGCGGCAAGUCAUUUGGCAGGGAGAAGCUCAAUGCCCAAACUUCCCAGGCUGCCACGAUUGUCACACGUGCCCUUUGGAGCACCGUUUGGCCGAUUCUGCGGGCCCACCUGCAUGCCACCAGCAGCAGCGCUGUUCCGGCUCACAUGCCCGUUGUGUGGGCCAUGGCGGAUCCGCGAAUGCUAAGCGGCUUUCUUCCUUACACUUUGGAUGACACAGACAACAUUUUGUCGCCGUGCCCGUGCCCCGUUCCUGUGAGCCCUUCGCUCAUGCGCAGUCCAGAUGAAGAGGCCGUCGUGGUACACUGGGUGCGGCUCGUGCCACGCACAGCCUUUUGUCUCUAUGACCCCUCGGCCAGCAGUGCUGCUGUCCAAGACACGCUCGGCGUGCUGCAUGCGCACCUGGCAAAGGGAGCGCAGUCGCACGCGAACUCUCCGAGGGGACAACGUCGACUCAGUAGUAGCGGGGGCACGAAAAAGCUGGCGCCAAAGGGUACAACAACGAAAGCGUCUCGAGCAAGCAGUCCAGCGUUCAGUGGGCCAGGAGGUGCUAAGGGCCGCAAUACGCGAGGCGCAGCCGGGGUAGCAGGCACCGCAGCAACAAUCCCAUCAGCUCAGCACAAAACUUCGCUACAGUCGCGCGAGCUGAGUAGGGAGAUCGACCUGCAGGCGACACCGGCAGAGUUCCCGUACUGCAUCGCUCACCCUCUCACCCUCGCGCAUUACCUCUACUUGGGAAGCCUAGCAGCAACACCAUCACCACCACAGGCUACAGCGCUGACAGCACCAUCCUCAUCCCCAGCGGACCUCGGGAUGGAGCUGACAUGGUAUCUUAGCAAGAUGACCUCCUUUCAAGGGGCAGUGAUGACCGCGUCGGAGGCGGAUAUGGUGGGAUUGGCAACGGAAGAGGCGUUUAAACGGAUGUGGCGUACGCACGCGUCUCUAUUGCGGUGGGUGCGCGCGUACCUGAGCAAUUCAGCCGCUCUGCUGACGACUGGUGGCUCAGCGGUGGAGCUGGUGAGCGGCAGCGCUAACGGCAAUCCUCAAAUGGGGCACCAGAGACCCUCUGUCACGUUCGAGGAGGCUGUUCGCCUGUCGCUAUCUCGAACCGUGCCUGACGCUUCCAAGUGGCCCCUGCCCCUGUGGGAGGUGGCAGCGUUGCCCAUUGCGCCAGUGCCUCCGUUGACGCUGCGCUGCAGCGGACCGGCUGAUGCUCCUAUGUCGACGAGCGUGACGACUGAAAGCAUCAUGCAGUGGGGCGCUGGGUUGUUAUCGGUUGUGGUUGGCGAUGGUAGGGCUGCUGGCGAUAUGGAGCGAUGCGACAAGGCUCCCCUGAUGUCAGUUCUGACCCGACUAGCGCACCUCAUCGAUGCAUACAAUGGAUGGUCUUUGAAGAGCCGCCUGACCCUAAGGUGGGACGCCAACAGCGACGGCUGCAACGGCACACGCGGUGCAGUCACAGUAAAAGCACCAGGAGACCACUCCGUGGGUGCGACAGUGACGCCGCAGCGGUCGAUCGUUACGGCAUGUUGCGCGGGUGGCGUCUUUAAUAUCAUGAGCGCCGUGUGUGCAUGGAUGGCCACAGUAAGCGAAUCACUCCUGCUCCAGCAACCCUUGCGUGAGCUAACGGCCUUGUGUGCUACAGCAGAGUCGCUGGCGUCGCGCAGCGCAGGGCAGCAUGUCGUCAGCAACGUCGCGACCCCCACGACACUCCCGCCUUCCGGACUGUUCCGGCGGUAUGCGCAGCCAUUUCAGACACUGUCGGUGCCGGGCAGCGGAGGCGCAAAGGCCAUCAUGAACACUGGGGCUGUGGCGGCCAUCGUUCCACAGCCUCCCAAGGCGACGGAAACACCGACCAGUGAAGCAGCAGCAGCGGCGGCAGCGCAGUUAGAGAAGCGGUGCACCGCGACAGUGUCAGCGCGUAUUCACCACCAAAGCACGGAUGUGACGCUGCCCCCGUACCCUCAAGAAGUGUCGUGGAUGGUGCGACACGUCAUCGCCAAGAAUGCGGGGCACUUCGAGGUGAACGUGGCCCGCGGCACCGACACCGUCACUCCCGCAGCGGCACGUCCAGGGUUGUCACUGGCAGUGCACGACCUGGCAACGGGGGGCUCCUCUUCGCUCACAGCACGCCAGAGCACGAUGGCCACGAUGACCAUCACGACGCAAAGCACGGGGUUCCUUCUGCAACAGCAGCGACGCCGGCUGCGUCGGCACACGUCUGGCGUUGCAGCAAAGCUUCAGCCCUACUCGCAGAGUGUACACCUGAUCAAGGAGAUGGCGCGCAAUCUUCUCGGUCGUCGCCCGCUGGCGGAAGCAGCAGUGGCACUACAGGGGGCGUUAGAGUCAACACUGGUCGCCCCACACUCUGAGGUGGCCGCCGACGAAGUACGUAGUGGAUGCGAGGUGACACCGUUGCAUCAGAGCUGCAAAAAGCACCGUGGUGAGUCAGCCGGCGGUAGCGCUACUGGCACGCAGCAGGUUAGUGCGCUGGACCUGCUGCAGCGCUACUUAGCCUCCGUGGACACGAGGCAGGCACACCUGGCAAUCAAAUCGAAGUCGGCGCAACCAAAAUGUCCCGCGCUCUUGCCGGAACGCCACCACAGUAUCAAGACGAACGAAAAUGAAAUGUUAGCGACACAGGCGGCGGCAGAGAACCUCACGCCACGCAUUUACGAGCAUCUGCUGCAGCAAGCACUACUGCAUCAGCUGCUACGAGAAACCGGCUUGGAGUCGACGCACCAUUCAGCCUCACUGCACAGGCAUGGUCACGUCCCCAUCGCAGCCAGGGAAGAAGCCGCCUGUACGAACGAUGACUGGAGUGUGACGCAGCAGCUGCCGGUGCAGGUAAUCGUGGCGUCCAUCGUUGAUUUCCAGGAGCGCUUCGGUGCUCAUAACGUUGCGUGGCGCUCUUGCGCACUUCAUUAUCGCCCUCUCCCGUCGCGAACUGCGACGGGGUACGGUAGCGCCGGCAAAGGCGUCGGCACAGUUGCGUCCUCUGGAGAUAAGGAUGAUGAGGUCCACCGCACAUCUGCCUACGCGCACAACGCCCUCAACGUGCACCCCACACGGCGAGUGACACACAUGUGGGUUGCCGGCGUGGCAGUGCCGGAUGUGCAGAUGGCAGAGGUCAUCGAGAACGGGCGGAGGCUGAACUCCGACGCGAAGUUGGAGCAGAAGAGCCGCCCCUCGCUGAGGCAGCGGCGAUCACGUAGGUGGGUAGACAUGGUUCCGCGGGCAGGGUCCGUGACGUCGGUUGAAGUCUACGCACUGUGGCAAUCGCUGCUACAGCACCAGCAGCAGGGCACGGACGGGGAGGCAGCGGCCGCAAAGCCCAUCGGGGCUACUGCUACAGGUGCGAAGACGCCGUUGCGUGUGGGUCCGGCGGAGUUGACGAUGCGUGCGAUGCACGACCUUAUCUCCCAGUACAUGCAGCGACACGCCGAGGUGUCGACGUCACUUGUUACCGUGAAGGGUGUGUCGUCUGAAUCCUCUAAAACGAUAGCUGCUACAGAAUGUGCCCCAAUGCGCUUUGACACCCACGAGACUCUCUACCUGUACGGCGAUGCGGUGGUGGAGGUGUGGGUAAGUGAGGUGCAGCGUCUGUGCCGCUACAUCAAGGCCACCGAGAUCAUCGCUACUCUGCACGCAACACCGUCGAGCACGGGAGUCCACAACGUGCACCUGACCGUCCACUGGGAUGACGGACUUCUUUUCACGUGCACAAGCCACAACACCCGACAGGACUGCAGCAGUACGGUUCCGCUGAUUGAUGUCAUGCUCACCACCUGCAACGUGGUCCUACAGCGGCGCGAGGGUGAGUCACGCAUUCGGAUUUGUCGCUACCCAAACACAUCAUCCAGCACCACAGCAGCCGCCGCGGUCUCCCUGAAGGAGCUGAGCGGGCGACCAACAGCGGCCUUGCCGCAGGGGGGCGUUAUGGAGGCGUGCACAGCCCUCCUCGAGGAGCGUGUUACCCUCUACUGCGUCCACCACUGCCCGACAGAAUUCACCGCUGCCACACCGAUGGAACUGGAAGCGUCGUCCGAGGUGGAGACCAGCUGCGUGGUCAACGAGCGCACCGGCGUGGUGCAACGCUUCUAUGCAUCGGGGAUGCAGCAGCUGUUGUUUCCUAGUGGUGCAAUCAUGGUACGGCGGCCUCUGAGGCCGGUCUUCGCCAAGCCCUCAGCAUUCAAUUCAACCUCGCAGUAUUGUGACACGUUGGUGGCGCUGGACGGGCGGUGCUUUGUGCGCAACGGCAGUAGCAGGGGCGACACCUCUGCGGAUGCGCCCCUUGCAAGCUCGGAGACGGUCCAACCUAGCUCGUUUCAGCGUGUGCAGGUGCGCAUUGCGUGUGAGAACUCCAGAGGCAUGACGAGCCACACUGGCGCCGAUGAAGCGCACGCCCCGCCCUUCACACGCAGUGAAAUCGCCUACGAUGCUGUACACCACUGCCGCAUGCGCUCCCGCGAGGACGGCUUGACGGUGGCGGAGUACGAAUCUUUGACCACCCCCGAAGACACCGGGGGCACACACAACGACGGCCGGGUGAGUACCACACUCGCCCGGGUCGUUGUGUUUCCAGAUGGCACUACCAUCACUACGGUGGCACCGCGUGAGACUCGGCGGCGUGCGCUCGUGCGCCACCUCGACGACACCUCCACAUGGGCGUCACUCUCCUCUCCCACCCUGUGCGCGCUGCUGGAAGAGUUGCAGGCAGUGGAGGACAGCCUCUUCGGGGCGGCGGCUGACGCAGAGGAGCUCUCCGUGCGGUGGUGCGUGGAAGCAUCGGCUCUGCCUCGUCUGUAUCUUGCGCCAACCCCGGUAGGAGGCAGCGACGAAGCGAGAGCGGGCAAAGCCGCCUUUGCUGCCAUCUUUGGUGAUGGAACUGUCCUGCAGAGGCGAUGGGCGGCCGCGCCCACGUCUUCAGCCCCUUCCUCUACCACAGACGUUGAGGUGGACGCAUCGGUGGAUGCGGACGAAGAGCAGGGCUUGGAGAGAGGGGGGGUCGAAGAAAGCGGCACGCAUGGCACCUUGGCGUACCGCGGGGGGACGUUUGAAACGGUGCUCGUACGCCCCUCGACCAGCGCCGUGCGCGUCCUUCAUCAUCACGGGAUCGUCACGAUUGAGCCUGCGGACGUGCUCGCCAGCAUUACCCAUGCCUCCCCUGCUGCGUACGCGGUGGGGCAGGGCCUGCCGUUCUUUGACUUAGCGUGCGGCGGUGGCCUACGCAUGGUAGACGGGGCACGGUGCGUGUGGGAAGUGUGCGGGCUCGCGGAAGCCAACGAGGGACCGCAGGUGCUACACCCGGAACGCGCAAGCACAUACGAAGAGUUGCUGCGCGCCUUGGUGAGUCCCCACUACAGUCCUCAUCGUCUGCCCCGAGCGGCGCAGCUGACGUAUGCGCGCGAGCAGCGGCGAGAAACCGCAGCUUAUGCGCGCCGACGAGACACUGGGUGGUGCCCAUCUCUUCUGCGGCGGAUGCGUGAAGUAGCGGAGCCGUUCAUUCGGACCGCGCAGCUGCUCCGUAUGGAUGUGCUGGCACCCAUCGAGGCUGCCGCCGCUGCAACGGAUGAGCAGGUUUUUUACACUGGCAACGCUUCUGCUACGGCCUCCACCACUGUCAGAGGAGGGGUCUCGGCGGCGGGGAGGCUUGGCUUUCCUUCAAGAGGCAUUCCACCACAGUGCAUCUCGCGUGUGCUGCCAGUGUGCUUUGGUCAGCUCGAUAAUGGGGAGGCCAUCCGCUACUGGCACGUGAGCGAGGUGCUUCCCUCGCUCUCCGAGUCGUGCGCAUCGUCCACCCUGGCGGCAGCAUCGGAGCCGCAGGUGAUCCAGCGUCUGGUGCCAGGAAUCGCCACAGGCAGUGUGCUGGGGUACAUCAGCACCGCUCCUGGGCACACAUGCGGUGCUGACACGAUUGGCAUUCUUCUCUGCGGGGACCCGACCGCAACCAGCGGCAACCGCAGUGUUCUCUGGCAACGCUUGGCGACUGUUGCCCGACUCUCUCUGCUCUGCUGUGGAGUACUGGCGCCGGCCAUACCGCCGGCUAUCAAGCCGCCCUUAACUGCGUCCUUUGCUUCUGAGGCUUCCUCACUCGCUCCUCAGAGCGCCGGUUCCUACGCGGCGUCCCUUCCCCCAUUAGCCGUGCUGCUCAGUCAUGGCAGUCGCUGGCUCCCCGCUACCCUUCAGCCACCCCAGCAGUUUGGCGCCUAUCGGUCGAAACCGUCUACUGUCGGCGCUGCAGCAGAGGUUGAGUAUGCCGAUGUGGCGUGGGUGCGCGAUUCGACGGCGACUCUCUCUAACGCAGCAGCCAACACUGCCUAUGUCCAAUAUGUGCUGGAUCAAGUAAACCCUAUCACAGCAGUGAAAACCUCGCGUGCGGCACUGCAGAGAGAGGUGGCGCGAAAAGAACUACACCGGCACGAGCAGCUCGCACAGCUGAGUCACUACCACCGUAUGCUGAGCACUCAGUGGCCGAUGGAAAUGCCGGCAUCGGCGCGGGAGGAGCAGGUACGCCUGGAAAGGCGCUUUGAGGAACUGCAGCGCAUCCCACGGUCCGCUGUGCCGCCCCCAGCAAUGGAGGAGCAGCUCCCUUUCCCAUCUGUGAUUGGUAGUCUAGGCAGCAGCGAGCGCAUGGUGGUGUAG